AUGGCCAGCGACUCCGAGGUGAUUCCUCUUCUGCCAACGACCUAUCGAAAUCGGCAGCAUAUGGUACGCCUCGUUAAAGCCGAUGUUCAAGCAUUUCUAGAGUUUGAAUUGGAUGUGACGAGGCUAAAUGUCAUCCACGAUUGGCUCUGGCUCGUUGGCCUCCCUACAUCACCACGAGCGUUGCAUUAUCAGCGUCUGAAGAAAAGAGAAAUCGUAGUUACUGAGCAACUAGACCUCCACCUUGUUUGGAGGCCAACUCGCAUACUCAUUAAGCCUCUCCCACGGUUCCUGCUGUGUCCGCAGUUUUGGCAAUGCAGUAUCUGCCCUGACCGCGACCUCUAUUGCGUCGCAUUGGGCUUCCUUUUGUCUUACGUUGCUCUCAUUGAACGAGAAGUGGACUUCCAUAUUGCACGCAGCCUAGAUCUCAUCCCGUCCGACCUCACCUGGGCUGGUUGGCUUGCGCUUGCAGAAGAGAUUUCGCACACCCCAGUAAAUCGCCGGUUUUUCUAUGGAGAACUGCGGCUCGGUCGGCUGAACUGGAUCUAUCGCCUCGUGCUUGGAAAGCCACGAGGCUAUCUGAGCGGAUGUACCACUUACGGAGCGUUCAUGAGAGAUAAUGUCAACUCCCUGAUCACCCUGUUCGCAUAUACGACCAUAGUCCUAUCCGCCAUGCAGGUAGGUUUAUCUACCCAAUUGCUAGCGGACAACUAUGCUUUCGGCAUGGCUUCCUACGUUUUCUCGGUCUUCUCGAUCUUGGCACCUCUGAGUGCGAUUAUGAUCAUCGUCCUGCUCAUGGGCUUUAUUUUCAUAAUCAACCUUUUGCGAACAUUAAGAAUCCGCGGAAAGCGUAUUCGGCAAGGUGCUGGAGUUUGA